AUGUCUGAGAGAUUUGAGGUGUUUAAGAGUUCUGAGAGGUCUGAGACGUCUGAGAUAUUUUUGAUGUCUCAAAUGUCUGAGAUGUCAGAGAUGCCUUUGAUGUCUGUGUCUGAGGUGUUUGAGACGUCUGAGAUCUCUGAGGUGUCUGACGUGUUUGAGACGUCUGAGAUCUCUGAGUCUGAGAUGUCUAAGAUGUCUGAGAGUUCUGAGAUUUCUUUGGUAUCUUUGAUGUCUAAGAUGUCUGAGAUGUCUAAGAUGUCUGACAGGCCUGAGUUGUCUGAGAUGUCUAAGAUGUCUGACAGGCCUGAGAUGUAUGAGAGGUAUGAGUUGUUUGAGAUGUCUAAGAUGUCUGACAGGCCUGAGAUGUGA